AUGGAUGUCUUCAACUAUUGUCCAUACAUUACCCAACUUGAUGAUAAAUGUUAUCUUAAUGUUCCACAAUCCUUUAUAUUCCAAUAUCCUUUACCCCCGACGUCCUCACCAAUAUUCCUUGAAUACAAGAAAUUCGGCAGCUUCCAAUUUUUCAGAAAAUUUCUUCAAGAUGCCUUGGGAAUUGCUACCAGAGAUGCUUCUCGAAUAGCAAAAUUUAUUUGGAAUUCAGCCGAAGACAAGUUCAAGAUUUUUUUUGCAGACUACGCUGAAAAAGUAAAACGUGCAGUUGAAGCAGUAAAAGCUCAGGUAGCUCAUGUAUAUCGCUUUAAGCCAUAUAACGGUUCUAAAAUACCAAAAAAACAAAAAAAAUCGCGUCAAAUUGAAUUUCCAAAUCAUAACCAAAUAAAUCAAGAACAAUCGACUCCUUAUGAACAGUAUUUACGAGAUUUUGAAUUCCAUUUUAUGCAUUAA